AACAGCGAGGUUAUUUUGAGACUGUUGGCAGGCUGAGCUGCGCGGUAAAACAAUAAUAAAGGGGGCGGACAGGAGCUAUUUCGCAGUCUCUACAUAAACUCCCCGGAAUACAAAUCCAGGUGGUGGGCGGAGGAAAGACACAGCCCAGUGCUGGAUCCCAGAGGGACCGUCAGUGUGGUAAGGACCCUUGAGACGAAGGAGGGUGCAUGGAGGGUUCAAAGCCUGUAAAACCAGGGUCUUCAGCCUGCCUCUGGUUGGGGCUGGUCUCUGUGGCUGUAGCCUUCCUUUGUACAGAGGCCCGGACCACUCCGAGCCCUCUGCUCAGCCCCAGCAAUGGCACCUGCAAAGGGAACACAAAGUGUCAUACAGGGAUUAUCCUGCCCAUCUGGUAUCCUGAGGAUCCUUCCAUGGGAGACAAGAUUGCACGGGUCAUUGUCUAUUUCGUGGCACUGAUCUACAUGUUCCUCGGAGUAUCCAUCAUUGCUGACCGUUUUAUGGCUGCCAUUGAGGUCAUCACCUCCCAAGAGAGAGAAAUUGUUAUCAAAAGGCCCAAUGGGGAAACAACCACCACCACGAUCCGUGUGUGGAAUGAAACGGUCUCCAAUCUUACCCUCAUGGCCUUGGGCUCAUCCGCUCCUGAGAUCAUGCUUUCUGUAAUCGAAGUUUGUGGACAUGAAUUCAAAUCGGGUGAGCUUGGGCCCUCCACAAUCGUUGGCAGUGCAGCUUUCAAUAUGUUUGUCAUCAUUGGCCUCUGCGUGUCUGUCAUCCCCCAAGGCGAGGUACGAAAGGUCAAGCACCUCAGAGUGUUCUUUGUCACUGCAGGCUGGAGUAUCUUUGCCUACAUCUGGCUCUACAUGAUCCUGGCUGUGUUUUCUCCCAAUGAAGUCCAAGUCUGGGAGGGUCUAGUCACACUGGCCUUCUUCCCCAUAUGUGUAGUCCUCGCAUGGGUGGCAGACAGACGACUGCUCUUCUAUAAGUUCAUGCACAAGAAGUACCGCACUGAAAAACACAGGGGUGUCAUCAUUGAGACCGAGACCGAACGCUCCAAGGGGAUUGAAAUGGACGGAAAGAUGGUAAACUCUCACUUCAUGGAUGGAGGUGCGACCAGCAAUCUGAUUGGUCUGAUCGAGAGCAAAGAGGUAGAUGAGUCCCGACGUGAUAUGAUUCGCAUCUUGAAAGACCUGAAGCAGAAGCACCCGGAGAAAGAGUUGGAUCAGCUUGUUGAGAUGGCCAACUAUUACGCUCUCUCGCACCAGCAAAAGAGCCGUGCCUUUUACCGCAUUCAAGCUACGCGCAUGAUGACCGGAGCUGGAAAUAUCCUGAAAAAACACGUAGCAGAACAGGCGAAAAAGAGCGCCAGCGUGCAGGAGGUGCACGUGGAGGAACCAGAAGAGUAUGUUUCCCGGAUCGCUUUCGAGCCUGCUGUCUACCAGUGCCUCGAGAACUGCGGGGCCGUUAUUCUGACCAUCACCAGAAAAGGAGGCGACAUCAAUAAGACUAUCUACGUGGAUUAUAAGACGGAGGAUGGCUCGGCUAAUGCCGGGGCAGACUAUGAGUUCACGGAGGGUACGGUAGUAUUCAAACCCGGAGAGAUGAUCAAGGAAAUAAGCAUUGGCAUCAUAGAUGAUGACAUCUUCGAAGAGGACGAGCACUUCUUUGUACGUCUCAGUAAUCUGCGCGUCUUGGAAACUGAGGAUGAGGUGUUGUCCGCCAACAGUCUCCCAUAUCCAAAGGCGGUGUUGGGGUUCCCCACUGUGGCCACUGUGACCAUUCUGGACGACGAUCAUUCAGGCAUCUUCACCUUUGAGAGUAACUCAGCCCAUGUCAGUGAGAGCAUCGGUAUCAUGGAAGUCAAAGUGUUGAGGACUUCUGGGGCAAGGGGGACGGUCAUCGUGCCUUAUCGCACUGUGGAGGGACUUGCCAAAGGAGGAGGAGAGGACUUUGAAGAUACAUACGGAGAGCUCGAGUUCAAAAAUGAUGAAACCUGCAAAUUUGUUCACGUGAAAAUAAUUGACGAUGAGGAGUAUGAGAAAAACAAGAACUUCUUCCUGGAGCUGGCCGAACCUCGCAUGGUAGACAUGAGUCUGCAGAAAGCCCUGUUGUUAGCGGAUGAUGUACCAGACAGGAAGCUGACUUCUGACGAGGAGGAAGCCAAGCGCAUCGCGGAGAUGGGGAAGCCGGUGCUGGGAGAACACUCCAAGCUAGAAGUCAUUAUUGAGGAAUCGUACGAGUUUAAGAGCACAGUGGAUAAGCUUAUCAAGAAGACCAACCUGGCUCUGGUGGUGGGAACAAACUCCUGGAGAGAGCAGUUCAUGGAGGCCAUUACAGUCAGUGCAGAUGAGGACGAGGACGACACAGGGGAAGAACGGCUUCCUUCCUGUUUUGACUACGUCAUGCACUUCCUGACCGUCUUCUGGAAGGUUCUGUUUGCUUGUGUUCCUCCCACGGACUACCUGAACGGCUGGGCAUGUUUCACCAUCUCUAUCAUUAUAAUCGGCCUGCUCACGGCCGUCAUCGGCGACCUGGCAUCUCACUUCGGCUGCACUAUUGGCCUAAAGGACUCAGUCACUGCUGUGGUUUUUGUGGCACUCGGCACCUCAGUCCCAGACACCUUUGCCAGUAAAGUAGCAGCAGUCCAGGACACCUACGCAGACGCCUCCAUUGGGAAUGUGACUGGCAGCAACGCAGUCAAUGUCUUCCUGGGAAUCGGCAUGGCCUGGUCAGUUGCGGCCAUAUACUGGCACAUGAAAGGGAAGCCGUUUGUGGUGGAGGCCGGCUCGCUGGCCUUUUCUGUCACUCUCUUCACCAUCUUCGCCUUCCUGGCCAUCUCGGUGCUGCUUUACCGGCGCCGGGCCCACAUCGGAGGAGAACUGGGCGGGCCCCGGGGACACAGACUGGCCACGUCAGCCUUCCUUUUCAGCCUCUGGUUUCUUUACAUUCUCUUCUCCAGUCUGGAGGCCUACUGUCAUAUAGAGGGCUUCUAAACAAACAAAAAAAGACUCCGGUGUGACACAAUACAAACAUACAGGGGUUUAAAGUACAACUUUAGAGGUAAAAGAGUGAAUUCUCACUGUGGAAUUUAGGUCAAUCUUGUAUGGAAAGGACAGGAGAGGGUUUUCCUUUACACCUCCCUACUCCUCUCCCUCUCUCAACCCCUUCUGUAAGGAUGCUUGGAGGUGUGUAUCCUGCCCUCUAGUGCCGACAGGCCUGGCUGAUAAAGGAGCGACCCUGAGCCUGUGUGAGUGUGCUUACAGUUGGGAUUGGGAUACCACCGAGUACAGAAGAUGGUGAUGCCAAUAGGUGGUCCUGCAUUCCACUGGAAGAGACUGCAGUCUUAUAUCUGGAGAGGGUUGAGUUAAUCAGAGGUCUAUAUUUUUCUCAACAUCUGACGAGAAUGACUUUUUUUAAAAAACAAAAAAGUAUUUUGGGGAUAAAAAUGCAAAAAAUAAACGAAACAAAAAACGAACACACAAGGACACAAAGAGGAAUCAAAGAACUAUUUUCAGAUCUAUGGAGUAACAAAUGAUUAUAGUGAAAAUGGGAAUAUGUUGUUGAGUGACAGUGGGAUGGAUUCAUAGUAUUUAUUUUUAUUUGCAUAGUUUCCUAAGGAGCACUGCAGAGUUGUCAGAAGUUACACGAAGAGGAAAAUGAGCAGCGACAGCGGCCGUUCAUACUGGCAGACGAGUCACCAUUCAAACAGGAGGGGAAGAGGUGGACGCCGUGAACAUGGUCAAACUGCCCUGAACAUUACUUCCGUACUCUAAACGUAUCUAUAUAUAAUAUAUUUCCAUAUUUUCUGUAUAUUUUGAAUAUUUGUUUAAAUGUGGUCACCUUCUGCUCUAACAACAGAGGA